GGUUACGUCGCUUUUGCCAUUCUGCAUCCCCAACAUUUUCCUCGUGUUUGCAUGUGAAUCAUGGGACGAUGGCUUCUCCACUCGGACUCGACAUAACCUAGGUCACCUUGAAUAAUCAUCAAUCCGGUUUCCGAUUUGGCGACGACACGGUAUCCCUCCGAAGCAGGCAAAGAUUGGGCCAGAAAGACAUGGUCGAUUCGAGGCUCUCAAGCUCCAACAUCUCGUCAACAGCACCCCGAAAUGCCGGAGCAGCUCAAGCCCGUCUCACAGCAAUGGCAUGCUCAAACAUUACGAGUAGAUGCCGUGCGCCGACUCUCGCGAUCUCCCCAUCCAUAUCACCGCCAACAAUUCGAGCUUCCAUAUGGCUCUGAGCGGUUCAACAAUGCGAGCUCGAAUGCCCUUCCCACGAAAUCACCCUUGCGAUCAGCGCAGACCACGGACGAUGAAGAUGUACAAGAACAGAGGCGGCGGUCUGAGAGCUACAAGGAGUCAACGAAUAGUGACAGUGGAACAGAAGCAGAUGACGAGCAUUUUCUGAAAGGACUACCGGCGCCGAGAUUACGGCUUCAUAAAGGUCUUCGAGGUGUUGAUAGUAGCCCCUCUGGCACACCAAGUCCAGUACUGUCACCCACUAUUCUGGAUGAAGACUCUCCGCGGGCACAGGGCUUCUUCAGACAGCGGACAUUGCCAUCUGCUGGACUGGAUAGGGAGGAGGCUGAGAAAGCUUUGGAGAGACUCCGCCGGAAACGCAGGAUAGAGGUUGUGAGACGAUCUACCGAAGCAGGAAUUAUUUGCUUCGUAGGCGCAAUGCUCUGUUUUGAUUCCCAGGUUCAGAGAGUUAUAUACAUAUGGAGGAAGGAAUUGGGCUGCCAAUUUCUUAUAACCUCAACUCUCAUUACGGCAUAUCCACUGAGGCUACUGCGGCAUAUACAGCCCAAGCAUCCACUGAAGCUGCCUCUCCCAUUACGCAUUCCGGCAACUUUCGAACCAGCAGCUUUGUUUUACCCUUCAUCAAUUACAAUGCUCGUCACUUUACUACUGUCCAGAAAGAAUCCCUUUGACUUCUUGCCGAGUAUAGUUCUGGGAAUAGCGUCACUACCUAAACAUCUUAUACCAUCAACGGGCGGUUUGAACGGUUCCAAUAUUUCGCACUGGGCUCUCACGUGCCUUCCAAUUCUGAUUUCAAGAACGACCGAGCUCGAACUGGUCCAUUCUUCUUCGGCCGAGAUACAAGCAGUAUUGGACCGAGAAAUUUUGGUUCUUCUCUAUCCGCUACAUCAAGCGUUAUGUACAACUCUGCAUUACUUAACGACGACAAGUCUUCUCACUGCCGAGCUUCAAUUACUUUCGAUUUCUCUCAUUGAGUUGCUCCUGCUUGCUACGUCUCCCCAAACAACCAUUUUGAAAGCACUUCUUUGGGGCGGAGGAGUCGGAGUGCUCAUCACCUGUGGACGUGUACUUGUAUGGGGAGUGGCUCUGGCCAGGGUUCCAAAAUGGCGUUUUAGACGAGCUGGAGCACCUAUGAAAUCCACGUCAGAUUUUGUGAAGAAGAGAUCCCCACUGGGGAGAAUUGCUUCACUGUUUGGGAAGAACGUCGCUGCCACCGAUUCAAGUGAGGAUGAGAAGGUCGACGAAUUGCCUCCACAAAGACUUAAGCUCAAUACUCGAGACUCGAUGCCAGUGUAUGACAUGUCCCAAGAAAACGGCUCUGUUUCAGCAGUUGACCCUAACUCCAAAGUCAAUUUCAUGAACAGUGACACGAAGUCGGGGCUUGAGCAAACUUUCUCAGCGAAUCGGAGGCACACUCUUCCUUCGCUUACCAGUCUUCCUCCAAGGUCUAGUAACAGAACUCCCUCUGGUCGGAGAAAGAGGGCUGCCUCUUCCAGCGUUCAAGCGUUCUUCUACCUGACACAGAAGCAAGCAAGUAUCCGGAAGUGGCUCUACGCAGGUUAUGUCUACUUUUGUGUUCUGGCAAUCAUUCUCGUGGGUAUUAGGGAGUACGUGCAGAGAUUUGCUCUGCACGGAAACGAGCCUAUUGGAUGGGCUCUGGGGUACCUUCUCGGCGAUCUACCAUGGUUCAGAAUGCAGGUUGUUCUUUACAAUCUCCAACGCUGGAUAUGUCUACCACCAAGAAACGGUCGAGAGCACGAAGAGUCUUGUUACAUGGGCUGGGUCGAACAUUUACGACAAGCAUCUUUUGGGCCUGCGAACACCCGACUGAUCUUAUGUGCCUACUGGCUAGCCAUCAUUAUUGUUGGACUGGCUAUCGUACUUCGUCUUUCAUCAAUUUACGAAGUUGAUACUCGGCGUAAAGUGUUUCACUUUAUGAUGGUAGCCAUGCUCCUCCCUGCUACAUAUGUGGACCCGACAUUUGCAGCAUUAGCACUAUCCUUGAUGCUUGCGAUCUUUCUCCUCCUCGACCUUUUCCGAGCUUCUCAACUCCCGCCGCUCUCCAAACAUUUGGCGUAUUUCCUCACACCCUACGUGGAUGGAAGAGACCUCAAAGGUCCUGUUGUAAUAUCUCAUAUUUUUCUCCUGAUCGGCUGUGCCAUUCCUCUCUGGCUCACCCUAGGGACUCUCCCGCGGACCGGGAAUGACUAUUUCGCCGGCUGGGAGGUUCCCAUACGAGAAGUCAGUAUGGUGAGCGGCGUUAUUUGCGUGGGUAUGGGUGAUGCAGCAGCAUCCCUAAUAGGACGACGAUACGGCAGACGUAAAUGGCUUUGGGGUGGCGGCAAAAGUAUUGAAGGCAGCGUAGCAUUUGCUACAGCCGUGGGACUGGCGUUAAUACUUGCAAAGGCCUGGCUUAGAAUUGGUGGCUGGCCAGCUAAUAAUGAAGACUCUUGGGUUAUGACUGUUUUGAAAGCGGGCGUCGCGGCUGGCAUAGCGAGUCUAACGGAGGCGGUUCUCACGGGCGGGAACGAUAAUGUCGUCGUUCCGGUCAUUCUUUGGCUCUGUGUCAAGGGUUUAGAUAUUUAGACUUGGAUACCUGAACAGGGGAAAUAUCCAUAUUGGACUUCAAAUUCCUUCUCUUAUACAUGGCUUCCUGUGAUCGCUAGCUCCAGACACCGAGACAGGUUUAUUGUGCUGGCAGUGCUCUCCAGUUGCGUCAUAGCCUCCUGUGGAUCAUACUCUUUUAGUGUUCUAUAUUUAAAAUCUAUUAUUGUCUGACUGAAGGAGCCCUUUUGAGAUGUAUUUAGAAGUUCUUUAUCGAUACCUAUAUUUACUCGAGGCUGUUUUUGAGAAAAUUACAACAUCUAAUCGUGUCAGCUUGAGUGCAGCUUGAGUGAAACUAUUUUGGGGUUAAAGAAAGAAGUUUAUUGUGAGCAUCUAAAUAUACUCACUUCUUCUUUUUAUUCUCUUUAAGAAAGUCUAUAGAUC